AUGUCAGCAGCGUCCCGACGCUCAUAUAACCCGGGUCGUCGUAUGGGCAGCAGUAGGGAUCUUGGUAGAGCUCGCGCUGCUUCCAGGGCGCAGCCAAUUGUUGUCGAACAUGAAGAGGCUCGCAGUUUCGCCCUUCGAUCAGCCUACUUGCACUACCUGUUACAGCCCAAGGCCAAACGAAAGCAAUAUGUCCCAGCUCCGAAGCAGCCUGUCCGAACCCACACCAGUGUUGGCGCACUGGUCCAAGAAUUUACCUCUGGUUCUUCGUCGAGUUUCAAGCUCCCUCAUAACUUCACCAGCGCUUUGCUCGAACGAUGUGGCGGCGUACUUAGGGGCAGCGAGCGCCUGCCGGGUUAUAACGAUCCUGUUGUCAAGCGCAGCUUUGCUGAAGCUUAUACGACCUUCUCCGAAAGGAAUUUCCGUAAAACCAUUGACAAAGAGAGGAAACUUGAACCACUCAUUCUUAUGUUUUACACAUCUACUACCAAGGCAGCUCAGAAAGGAGCCGCACCCGACGAUGAUUCUUGGAAGCUUAUCCCCGACCGGCAUCUCGCCUUGUUUGUCCGUUUAAUUGCAACAAUACUACGAGAUCAAGGCCAUGAUCGGGACAAGUCCGAACUCAUGUCCAAGCUGAGUAUUCUUGAAAAGAAGCUUCUUACAAACGACCAGAAUCUUGUUGGUGGUGGCUCUAGUGGAGCUGGCACAACUAUUGAGGUCGUUGUUCCUUUGAGUUAUGAUGUCAAGGACAUGCCUCUGGUCCAACAGGUAGUCAAGAUCUUUGGGCUGAGUCUCUCAGAGGCACAGACCGAGAUCAACGAGAACAAAGGGGUCUGGACAGAAGAAGCUGCACUCAAGGACCUCAAAUCAUAUCAGCACAGGCUCAACUCAGAUAUGUCUGGUGCUUUAGGAAGCAAUGACUUUGAUCUUGACGACGCCUUUCUGGAAUGGAAGAAAGCCGAGUCACCCCAUCUAUCGCAAAUGAUGCUUGACAUCUUGACCGCCAAACCAGAACUUGCCAAGACGUCGAGCGGCACUGUCGACAAAGGCUUCUCGAGUCGGCCCCAGUCGACUUACAGCAACCCAGGGUUUGAUAGCUCGAUGGGAUUUGAUCCUUCGAUCAACCUCGCGUCACUAGAUAUCGGAGACUCCAGUAUUCGAGCAGUCGAGGAGAAUAUUUACACCUUUGUCCCUCCAGAUUCCCGAGCGUUCUUCAAGUAUAUUGUUAAGCAUGCCAUGACCUUUGACCAGAUCAAUAGCGACUCUGAACUUGAAUACCAGCCCCUAUCAAAACAAUCCAUGGAACUUUUGACUGAGUUGUGUGUGAGAUGGAGGGUACCCCAAUUCUCUCGACUUAUCACUUUGCUCGAAGUCGCAUCACGCAACUAUUUGGAUCGAGAAUUACUCCCUGAAGAAUUGGACACAGUUUUUGAUUUCAUCAAGACGCCGUUGCCAGAGGCCAAGAAGCCUCCGCACAUAUCAAACUACUGUACUCCCCUAUCCGAGAUUGAUCCUAGCCGUUGGACGGUACAUGAUUUUGCCGUCUACCAACACACCCUGCAAACAUUACAUGAGACUCUGCUUCGUGACCUUUACGACCGGAUGGAGCAGUGUUAUGACACAAAACCACCCCAGAUCGGUGUUGUUCAAUAUAUAUUGGAUCACCACAUCUUUAGCGAUCCAUGCUUUUCCCCUAAAGCUGAGGCAGCCGAGCAAUUCACAGAGCACCUAAGUCAACGUCUUCAUGACCAGGCUCAAGAGACAUACCGCCAGUACAUGGAGAAGGAAAUAUCGACCGAUCGGAAUGAGUGGGAUUUUGCCAACGUGGUUAAGCUGGGUAAAACAGUUAUCAAGCUUUGCGAAAGAAUCAACAAGCGAUAUAAGAAAAAUCCUGAGAUCAUGGGGGUGAACCCUUUCCAGAUUUUAGUUGAAGAGGUAUUCCCACGAUUUGAAGAAGAUGCACACGCCAUUAUCGAGUCCAUUCUGGAAAUGGCACAGGAGACUGGUACUGAGCUGGAUAUUCAAGAUGGCUUCGAGCUGUAUAGAGAAUUGAUUGCGAUUCGUCGAAUCCAUAACGAUUCCCUGCCUGAUCGCCCCUUCUCUUUCAACAUUGAGAACCUUUUGGUUGAUUUUGUAUGGCGAUGGGUUCGUGCCGCCGAGAAUAGGGUGGAGGACUAUGUCGAGCAGGCUGUCAAACAGGACCAGUUCCAAGUACGCACGGAAAAUCCUGAGGACAUUCCACGGGACGCGGAAAGGCACAGUGUUUCCAUUAUCGACAUGUUCAUGCUAUUCAACCAAACUCUGGACACCAUAUUCAACCUUAAUUGGGGUAACGACGAACAUCAUGCUAGAUUCAUGACAUCCCUCUCAAAGGCGUUUGCCACAGGAAUUGGCAAGUAUUGUGAACUUGUUGACCAGAAAUUUGUGAAGGAAAUGGAUCGCCCUUCUGCAGAAGAGUUAGCAGCGCAGAACCAAAGCACUCAGGAAAAGUGGAUGAAGUAUGCAAAGGACGCUUGGAACAACAAAGACCGUGUUGAGCCAUUCCAGUUCUACUCCGAGUCCUUUGUCAAACUCAACAAUAUCGAAUAUGCCAUACAGGAGCUGGACAAGUUGGAGCGGGCUAUGGACCCCGAUGCUUGCGCCCUGCUUUUGGAGAAGAUUGAUGGGCCGAAGAAGAAGGCCAGGCGGCCGAACAAGUAUACCUUCACGAUCAAAGUAGUCGAGGCCGAGGACCUUAAGGCGUGUGACGCAAACGGCUACAGUGACCCUUACGUGGUAUUUGGCGAUGAAUACCAAAAGCGACUACACAAGACAAGAAUUAUUCACAAGAGUCUGAACCCGCGUUGGGACGAGACCUUCGACAUAACAGUCCAGGGUCCUGUCAACAUGAUUGCGACCAUCUGGGACUACGACACUUUUGGUGACCACGAUUACGUUGGGCGAACAUCGCUCAAGCUUGAUCCUGUCCAUUUCAGUGACUAUUUGCCUCGCGAAUUUUGGCUGGACCUGGAUUCGCAGGGCCGAUUGCUCAUUAGAGUCAGCAUGGAGGGUGAAAGGGAUGACAUUCAGUUUCAUUUUGGAAAGGCCUUCCGGCAUCUAAAACGUACUGAGAGGGAUAUGGUCCGAAAGGUUACGGACAAGCUCACUUCUCAAAUCAACCAUACUCUGUCUUUGGAGACUCUCAGACACUUGCUAGGAACAGGUGGCAUCGGUGCAUCCGUUACAAGUCUCUGGAAGAAGCGAGCAUCAGCAGUGCCUACAGUGACUCCAGCUCAAAUCGAAGCGGCACUGGCGCCGCUAUUCUCUUACUUCGAUGAGAAUUUUGCUAUUAUGAAACAAACAUUGACGAAGGCCACAAUGGAUGCCGUCAUGGCACGUCUCUGGAAAGAGGUUUUAAUGGUUAUUGAGAACCUCUUAGUACCACCUCUGUCAGAAAAGCCUUCCCAGCAGCGGCCCCUGUCACGAAAGGAGCUCGACAUUGUCUAUUAUUGGUUGGACUUGCUGUUCCAAUUCUUCAAUGCCAGAGAUGAGUCAGGAGAGCAGCUAGGUGUUCCAGCUGAAACACUCAAGUCGCCUAAGUGGCACGAGCUUGCCUCGCUGAACUUCUUCUACUUUGAGGACACUAAUAGUCUGAUCCGAGAAUCGGAAAGGAUGGCAGCUGCAACAACAGAGCGGGCACGUCUAGCUCUCCAGCAGCAGAACUCGCAGAAUAACCGUUUAUCAGCUCCGGCAGCGCUGGGUGCAUCGCUUGGUGGUGCAGGUUCGUUUGCAAGCAUGGGCACGAUCAGGCGGGGAAAGAGUAUCAUGAUGAGCCGUAACCUGGGCACCAUGCGUAAGGCGAAGGAGGCGAAGAGACGCGAGGCACAAGCGGAUCCGAGUGACGAUAUGAUUCUGCGUAUCCUCCGUAUGCGACCAGAAGCCGCGCCCUAUCUCAGGGAUCGGCAUCGUCAGAAAGAGAGGCAAGCAGCUACAGCUGCUGCGGCUCUCAUUGUCAAGAACAGCGUGACACAGGGAUGGAACUCUUCAGCAGGCCCUGCUUUCAGUGGCAACUUUGGGCGGAACAAUCUGCCCAGACGAUAA